AUGACAGGUUUCAAAUGGGGUCAAGUAGUUGAGCAAACUCGUGUUGAUGUGAAUUCACCAAAUUCAAGAGGCAAUAGUGGGCAGAUGGUGCCUGGGUCCCAUCCAAAUGCUUGGACUGCAAGGAAGGAGAUGGCAAUGGGUGUUACUGAGCCUGUGCAAUCUGGAUGGUCUGGGCAAAGUGCAGUUUCAAAGUUGGCUCAUGCAAGUGCGCUUGAAAAGGUUUCUUCUGGUAGAUGGCAGUCGAAGCAGUCAGUUCAGUAUCAAGCAGAUGUUCAGGUUAUUAAGUUUUCAGCAGAUAAUGGAUCACAUCCAACCGGUCAUGAUGAUAAUGCCUACAACAGGAUGCAUGGUGGUAGAAAGGAAGAAUUGGAUUAUGAGAGAUCUGGUGCUUCUACUUAUGUGGAUGUAAAAGAGAGGAAAUAUAAACAUUUUACUGACAGGGCUCAAUCUAGUAGUUCUGAUAGCAAAUUUAUUGGGCCUGAAUCACUUCCUUUGCUGCAGUCAGAAGCAUCAGAACGGCCUAAGUUGAAGUUGCUUCCCAGAUCAAGGCCAUUGGAGAAUUCAGAACCAAAUGUAGCCAAUUCUAAGCAGUGUGCUUGGAAACCUGAACCUUCAAAUGCUGAUUUAGCUGGCAGUGAUGUUGGGAGCCAUGCAGUAGAGCGCCAGAAGUUAAGUUUAAAGCCACGGUCGCAACCUCCUGAGCAAUUAGAAGAGAACAUUCAAAGGGGAAGGUGUGGAUGUAAGCGUGUGUGGAUUUAG